UUCAUGCAACCAAAGUGACGAACUCGGAACUUCUCUAACCUCUCUCUAGACUCUAGAGAGAGAAAGAGAGACUACCAUCUUCCUCUCUCUCUGCAACUUCUUCUUCUUCCUCUGAGGAAUCGAUUCACUAUUCAGUAUGACUCGGCGAUGCUCUCAUUGCAGCCAUAACGGGCAUAACUCGCGGACCUGUCCGACGAGAGGAGGGGUGAAGUUGUUCGGUGUUCGACUCACGGAUGGAUCGAUAAAGAAGAGUGCGAGUAUGGGAAACCUCGCCUCUGCUCACUAUUCUUCGUCCGCCUCUGCUUCUGCGUCUCCCAAUCCUGGUUCCCCUUCUUCUGAUCACUUCCGUGAUCCCACCGUUGUUGCUGAAGGUUAUGUCUCUGACGAUCCUGCUCAUACUUCUUGUUCUUCCAAUUGCCGCGGGGACAGGAAAAAGGGCACACCAUGGACGGAAGAGGAGCACCGACUUUUUUUACUGGGUCUUCAGAAGCUGGGGAAAGGUGAUUGGCGUGGGAUUGCACGUAAUUUUGUCAUGUCAAGGACUCCGACUCAGGUGGCCAGCCAUGCCCAGAAGUAUUUCAUUCGGCAGAGUAAUGCAUCCCGGAGAAAAAGGCGGUCCAGCCUAUUUGACAUGGUGCCAGAUAUGUCCAUAGAUUCGACUACAGGGACAGAGGAGCAUUUAUUGUGCCCAACUUCUCAAGCUGGUGAAACAGAGAAUGUAAACCCCAAACCUCCUCUAAAUCUCUUUCUCGACCAAGAUGAACCUAUGGAGGCGACUUCCAAUGAUGCGCUCACAGAAGCUGAAGAAACUAUUACAUCAAGUAAUUUCCCACCAAUGAUUCCUGGUUUUUACCCGACGUAUUUACCUGUCCCUUUUUCAUUCUGGCCACCAAGCCCGGCCCCAGAAGGAGAAGAGAAACAAGGUGAGACUUCUCAACAUCAGGUCUUAAAGCCAACCCCCAUCCAUACCAAGGACCCAGUCAAUGUAGAACAACUGGUGGGCAUGUCUAAGCUAAGCCUAGGAGAGGCUGCCAAGGGACGUUUAGAACCUUCUUCCCUCUCUCAGAAAUGGCUGGGAACUCCAUCAAGACAAUCAGCGUUUCAUGCAAAUCCACCGGUUAGUGACUCAGAAUUGAGCCAGAACACUAGUGUAAUCCAUGCAGUGUAAGGCAGUGAAAAAGAGGGGUAGAGAUUGAACGGAACUUCACCAUUGCUGUUCUUCCAAGAAAUGGGAUGGACAAACUUAUCGGUGAAGGAGAACCAGAGAAAUGAGCAGUCAUUGUGGUUGAGGUGGGAAUCAUACGGGAGAAGCCAGCGUUCGAGUCCAUGCCAUAAUACGAGUGGCAUGAAGAUCCCUUCCCUUUUUAUAUAUUCUCGCUUUCCUUCUUCCUAAAAACAAAAAAAGAAGUGUAUCUUACUUGACUGUUAGUGGUGGGGGUCUAGUACAAACAUUUAUCUGUAUCGAUCCCCACUUCUAAAGAUUCAAUAGUGGUAGAUUUAGUUUGUUGAA